CUUGACUUUAGUAUUUCUCUUUUUGUUUCUUUCUACUUUUCUCUCUUUUCUUUCGAUCAUCUGAGAGCAUGCCUGAAUGUCAAGAGAAAGGGAGAGACUUGAAGAGAUAGGGAAGAAGAUCAAAAGAGAAGCAGAUGCUUGGCCUAAUCAAAUGGCAGGAAUUAGAAGACAUAUAUCUGGUCCUCCUGGAGCCCUCAAUACCAUUACUCCUUGUGCGGCAUGUAAACUUCUGCGCCGACGAUGCGCUCAAGAAUGUCCAUUUUCGCCUUAUUUCUCCCCAUGUGAGCCUCUUAAGUUCGCGUCGGUCCACAAAGUCUUUGGAGCUAGCAACGUCUCCAAGAUGCUAAUGGAGGUACCGGAAGGCCAGAGAGCAGACGCGGCAAAUAGCCUCGUGUAUGAAGCAAACGUGAGGUUAAGAGAUCCAGUGUACGGUUGCAUGGGAGCAAUCUCAGCUCUACAACAACAAGUUCAAGCUUUACAAGCCGAGCUUACGGCCGUACGAUCUGAGAUUCUCAAGUACAAGCAACGAGAGGCUGUCGCCACUUUGAUCGUACCUUCCAAUUCCCAAUAUCACAACUCUGGCGGCGUCUCCGUCAUUGCACUACCACCACAAACGCCGUCAACUCCACCGCAACCUACGGCGGCUCAUCCUCCGCCUCCUCCUUCUUCUUGUGUUUACUCUCAACCAACCACAAGAGCACUAGAAUACGGCGAGAUUGAAAGUGAGAACAACUCCUACUUCGGUUAAAAUUUAUUUGAAUCAUUCUACAAACACACAUACAUAUAAUUUAUUUCCAUAAUUUGUGGUCCGACAAUUAUAACUAAGUUAA